AUGAAUACUGAUCAUAUAAAUUAUCAACAAAAAAUAGCACAAUCGACGAGCGAAGAAAAAGAUCAGGAAUUAUUAACAAAAAGUGAGAAUGCGCCAAAGCAACAAAUAAAUUCUACUUCAACAGGAAUAAAUCGAAAUUCAAUAUCAACAAAUGAUGAAUCUCAAAGAGUUAAUCAAAUUCCAGAAAAUUCUAUGAAUUUAUUAACACCGAUUGAACGUCGAGAACGAACACUGACUUUAUUUGUAAUCGGUGUUAUUUCUCUUCUAACCGGUAUUGACUAUGCAAUUAUCUUACCAACAGCUUGGGGUUAUAUAAAUACAUUUAUGCAAUAUCAUUAUGGUGGAUUCGUUAUGGGCAUACUUUUAUCUGUUUUUGCUUUAUCAGGUGCAAUAGCGGGUAUUAUACUUGGAUAUCUUAAUGAUAUUGGUAUUUCAUUGAAACGACUUGUUCUAUUUGGCAUUAUGUUUAAAAUUAUUGGCAAUAUACUUUAUUUUAUUGGUAUUAAUAUUUAUAUUGUUGUCAUAUCUCGAUUGAUUGCUGGCAUUGGGAUGGGAUUAGUGCCUCCAUUGUUAGCAGAAUUAUCAAGGCGAUCUACACCACAAACUCGAACACAACUUUUAUCAAAAAUACUCGGCUGCCGUCAAAUAGGUCUUUUAGUAGGUCCAUGUUUCACAAUAUUUUUUAAACACAUGAAAUUUAAUCUAUUGGGUAUCAAUGUAACCAUGCAUAAUGCACCUGGCUUGCUCAUGGCCAUCUUAUGGGCAAUACUAGCAUUAUUAACUGUCUUCUUCUUUUUUGAUCUACCUACAACAACGAUUAAUCAUAACUCUGUAUCGAAUUCAUUAAAUGAUUAUACUUUUCUACAAGCUAUGAAACGUGUUUAUAAAAUAUGUAAACAACCUGUUAUUAUAGUUCUUCUAAUAACGUCAUUUAUUGCCUAUUUCAAUCAAACCGCACUUGAAACGACAUUGACACCGUUUACAAAUCAGCAAUUUAAUUGGCAUGAAUUGCAAGUAUCCAUUUUAUUUGCCGUUGCUGGUAUUGAAAUAACACUGGUGUAUGUUGUAUUGCAUUUUAUAACAAAAAAAUAUCCAGAUCAAUCGAUACUUUUAUUUGGCUAUAUUAUUCUUAGUAUUGCUUGUCUUAUUGCUGUUAUCAUUUUACCAUUUUCAGAACCAGGGACAAAAAAGUAUUUACCAAUUUUUCUCAUAUUUGUUGCAUUAGAUAUUCUUGCAUUGCCACUUAUUGUUGUCACAACGACAAGUUUAUUUACACAACAAACUAAUCAUGAUGAACAAGGUAUUGGCCAAGGUAUUCAACGUUUUGUUAUAAAUGUAGCAACAAUCAUUGGUCCGUUAUAUGCUGGUGGUCUACUACAAUUUACAUGGACAAUGCUUUGUUCAAUGUUUUUUAUAGUCUUAUUAGGAACAUUCCUUAUUGUAGCUAUCUAUCGAUCGUUUAAAAGAAAUCCUGAUGAAGAAUUAGCAGCUUUAAUAAAUCCAACAAAUAAUAAUCGAUAG